AUGACUGUUGGAACGGAAUUAUUAAUUACAGCAGAACCUCAUCUGAUUCCAGGAUAUACUGGUUAUUGUCCGCAAUAUCGAUUUAAAUACGGUGAAACAUAUGCAAAAGCUACACAUAAACUGCUGCUCGAUCCUGCGGUUAACCAUGCGGAUACGCUCAUCCUGUCAAAUCGUGUAACCGAUAAUUACGAGGCAUGGAGACCGCCAAAAAGCGAUAUAAACGUAGUCAACGCUCGUUUCAAGAGGACCGAUCCUGUAUUCGUUCACCCUAUGUUACCAGGAUAUGAGGGUUUCAUACCAGGCUUGAAUGCUAGAAUUGGACAAAGGUACAUGGUGCUCGCGACCGAAGGGCUUGCCGAUUUCGAACGGCAACAAUUACGAGCUAAGGCGACCCUAAAUCAGUUGAGAAAAAUGAUUACUGUACAAAGCGGACGGGCCGAACCGCGGAAUUUGGAGGAACGUUCGUUGAUUAAGAGCCAAUUUAAAUUACCCAUGCUAGCCGUGCGACCUGAAUGCAUAGCAGCGAGUUCAUCAGGAAUGAAAAAUACGGAACAUUUUAUCACGACUUUAUUCCGUAAAGGAUACGCGACUCACAUUUCUCACGACAAUGAAUAUUUCGGAAAAUCGAUUGUCCCGUCGUCUGACAAUCUAUUGUACGAUUUUACAAGUUGUCGAAAGGGACAGAGUAUGGAAUACGAGCCGGUGACUGUUGCUUGUCCUGAUCCCCCGUUACUUAUCCAGCCUUCCGAGAUUUACCAUAAACACGUGGGAAUGAUACCGAAUUAUCUCGGGCAUAUUCCCGGAGCGGUGUUCAGAUAUGGGAAAACAUUUGGAGCUGACACGAUAGAUGCCAAAAAAUGGCUUCAAGGAGACUCCGCCUUAUAAUUGACUUCGCAACGAUAU